CUUGCAAAGGUACCCUGAGGUACCUAUCUACAACAUGCAUCCCCCACGGAGUGCAAGUGUGAUUGAUUGAUCUCUCUAUGAUGGAUACCAGCUGGAGCGAAAGCCGAACCCCAACAACCCCAGUCUAGUGAGCUUUCGACAACGACCUUAUCUUGACCAACCAUCUCCAUACUACCUACUCAAUAGACUCGGCUUUACAAUCAUGCUUUCAGUUUGCUACCAGGACCACCAUCAGUAGCCAACCUUUCAGCCUGGACUGCCAUCGAAUCUGAUUUGAAUCGAAUCGGGGGACACCAACGUGUAAUCAGUCAGACAGUCAAGUUGCAGUCAACGAACGUAUGCUUUCCCGACACUCCACUUCCAAACACGACAAGCCGAGCCCUCGACCGCCUUCCUGUAAUCAUCCCAAAUACCUACAAUCGGAAGAGUCAGGAACCCCGUGACAAGCUAGCUGCAGAGCUGCCACUAAUCGCCUGGGUAUUUGUGGUAGAAGGACUAGCAUCCGACAAAGAAAUUUCUGAUCAACCGCAGACUGCAGUAGCGGCUUGUAUCUUCUAUGCGAGCCCGGUUUCGUCCCACCUCACUCCGAUAACCCCACAGCGACCAGGCCGCCCUCUGAGCUUCUACCAUCCGACGUAUACGUACAUAUCUGCACUCGCUUCGAAGUCAGGUCGGUUCUGUAGAUUACUUUGCGGGAGCAUCGCCCCGCACGCCCAUCGCCGAGGUGGCAGACCAAACGUCCCGUUCAGACGCUAUAUAUCCCGACGCCUCCGAUAGUCCUGUCACUGUACGACCGUCCUCCGGUCCUGCUCGGGCCUUGUCCUCUUCGACCGCCUUGGAAAUCGCUGAAAGCAACGUUCCCGGCCUGUUGACACUCGCCCCGACGCCGACGUUCUCGCCUUCGAGCAACCCUACCCAGCAAGACACCAUUGUGCGAAAUUUCCCGGAGCCCUCGCAACCACCUUCGACCACCCCGCUCCAAACUCAGGUCCUUGGGAGGAGACGCAGAGGUUCUUCAUCUGGUGACGAAGAGGGCGAGGGUCGGGCCGUCAGCUCGAUCUCGUUAGCAGGCGUGAGCUCAGGCUCUUUAGCUACUACCGAAUCAGCUCUGCAACGGCGCCAAGGCAAGCGCAUGCGACGGGACAGUAUGCUUGCCGACGAUAGUAGGAUCUUGAACCCAGGACAGUCCUCAAGCAUAGCCUCCAAUGGAAAUAGCUCUCUGCAGUCCAGAGCGGCGACUACAAAUGGCACGCACAAGAUGAUGGCCGGGGCUGGCCCCAGUAGCACUUCUUCGUAUAAUGGUAGAGACGUGGUACGCCCACCAAGCGGCGACUAUCUUGGGCAUGACAGAGAAGAAGUUACUAGGAUCUUGAUUCAAGCACUAUCUGAAAUGGGCUACCAAGACGCUGCCGAGAGUGUCAGCAGGCACAGCGGCUAUCACCUUGAGAGUCGGGCCGUCGCCGAGUUCCGAACGGCCGUUCUAGAUGGGGACUGGCCUGAGGCAGAGCGGUUGCUAUUCAGUGCCGUGCAGCAAACUUCAAAGAGCGGCAAGGUGUCUUCCGGGAACGGCCUGAUACUUGCGCCUGGCGCCGACAAAGCUCUGAUGCAGUUCUGGCUCAGGCAGCAAAAGUUCCUCGAGCUCCUAGAACAGCGAGAAACGGGACGGGCGCUUGCGGUACUUCGUAACGAGCUCACCCCAUUAUAUCAAGAUACGCCAAAGCUGCACUUUCUGUCGGGGUUGCUCAUGUGCCGGACACCAGAGGAUCUGAGAGCCAAAGCCGAAUGGGAUGGAACGCAUGGCAAAUCCCGGCAUAUACUUCUCUCGGAGCUUUCCCGUUGCAUAUCACCUUCGGUAAUGCUGCCAGAGCAUCGCCUUGCAGUCUUACUUUCACAGGUUAAAGAUGACCAGAUAUUGAACUGUAUCUAUCACACUAGUGCAACGUCGCCAUCACUCUAUUGCGACCAUUAUUGCGAUCGGGAGAAAUUCCCAUCCCAGGUUAUCCAAGAACUCAGCAGUGGCGCGGGCGAGAUCUGGCAGAUUCAGUUCUCGCACGACGGCACAAAGCUGGCAAGCUCUGGAAGUGACGAAUCCGUCAUUAUAUGGUCGCUAUCGCCUCCGAGGAUUUUGCACACACUCGGAGGUCAUCAAACAGGGGUUGGAAACAUAGCUUGGAGUCCAGACGACAGCAUGCUCAUCACCUGCGGUAGGGACAGAUAUGCUCGAUUUUGGGAUACAAGGACUGGCACCUUGAUACGAAAACUGGAACAAUUCGAAGAGCCUGUAAGCAGCUGCAUCUGGGCUGCUGAUGGUCAGUCGGUAAUUCUCGGUUCUUUUGAUAGAGAGAGAUCACUGUGCCAAUGGGAUCUGGACGGCGCGCGAGUCUGUACAUGGACCAAAAAGCACCGAACCGAAGACGUUGCCGUAUCGCCUGAUGGUCGGUGGCUCGUAGCCAUGGACGAACAGUCAAAGAUUCACGUCUACAACUUCAUAACACGUGAGGUCGAAUACGAAUUUGAAGUAAAGCCACGGCCUUGCUCCAUCGCCAUCAGUCAGGAUUCAAGACUGCUACUGGCAAACAGCAACGACGGGGCCGUACAACUCUUUGAUCUUCUUUCGGGAGGAUUGCGGCUGCAACAAUACCUUGGAUGCACUGGCGGCGCCUUUCUCAUAAGGUGCGAAUUUGGUGGCGCCAAUGAGAGCUUCGUUGCCAGCGGUAGUGAGGAUGGCAAAGUUUCCAUCUGGCACAAGGCUACAGGUCAUCUAAUUUGUCGACUCCAUGCCCAUCACCCACGUUGCAACGCUGUUCGUUGGAACCCCAAAGAUCCAUGCAUGUUCGCCACGUGUGGCGACGAUGGCAAGAUUAAGAUAUGGGGAAACUCGGAGCAUAACCUGAGGUCGCAUUCGCCCAACGGGUCAGCGGCUUAGGAUGCCGUUGAGGUUAGUUGGGUUGAUUUUCGUUACUCAUGGAUGUGAUAUCUGUCAGCCAUGAAAGCAGUUGUCUCAGACUCACAAAGGGAUCAACGAGUGUUAAGCACAAGUACGUUCCCUUGGAAUUGUCGAGCAAUGUCCAAGCGAAAAGUGCUUGGGCCAGCGAUAAAUUCUUGCUAGAAGCAGACACUGGUAACCCAUCGGAACUUGCAUACAACUGUGUACUAUCGUAGCGUCGCUAGCACCUGGUGUGGCACUCAGGACAGGGCGAUUCCACAAAUGGUUUACAGGGGACGGAAGAGGCACAAUACUCAGUAGAUAGAUGGUUGUGCUGACAACGACACAAUCACGUGUAUUUGAAUAAACAUGCAUCCGCAUCUCUCAAGAACAUGAG